UUGCGGAAAUAAAAAUGUAAUUCUUGUACCGGAAAGUACUUUAAUAAAGUAUAAAAAAAAGUAUGAAGAAAAAGUACAUUUAAAGAACAGUGAUUGUUUGCGUUGUUAUUUUAUUAAAUGCAGAGACAAGUGAUCGAAUUGUUGUCAUUGGCAAUAAUAAUAGUGCUUCUUUCGGAUAAAUUAAAAAGCGCAUGAAAAUAAUGGAAGGUUAUCUCUCUGAUUGAUCCCCUGAGCAGUAAACAGGUGCAUUUCGAUUCAGCGCUGAUUAAUGAGCGUUGUAUCGUCAAUUACGCGUAUCGAAUAAAAAGUCUCCAAAUAUGCGUAUCAAUAAAUUGCAAUGAUUUUGCUUAAGGUGUGGUGUAGAUGUAAUAUGUAAAUUUAUUUAAUAGAGAAAAAGUGCGGAAUUACAAUAAGCGCAAGGAGGAGAGGAGGUCGUCGGGGUCGAGAACCUGUCUCUCAAGGGAAGCAUGAGUGUUUACAACGCGGUUACGGCGGCGGGUGUCGCGUCGCCUGAGGGUGCGGACGAUUGGAUCGAAUUUUGUGACAGACACGCCCGCGCCUCAGCCUCCGACUUUGCCAAAGCUUUCUGUACCUAUGUAAGUCUCAAUCUCCCCGAAAGCGCCAAGGCCACCCUCUCUCACAGGGAUUUCCUCAGGAAAUUUGUCGAGACCUUCUGCGAUCAUUUUGAGAGUGAAUAUUUACGACGCAGUGCAAGUUCGCCAUCGGGAAGUGAGGUUCGAACUGUAACGACUAAUGAAAAGGACACGAAUAAUUCGACAAAUCAAAACAAUAAAAUUCCAAUUAGAGCAUCGUCCCAUGAGGAAUUCAGCGAUUAUUCAGAGCAGGAUGAAAAUGCAGUUUCACCAAAACCCGUUCACAAGCCAUUUUUUCGUCGUCUAUCAUUUAAGGGCCUCAAAAAGGGAAAAGGCCUCUUUCACAAGCAACAAAGUGACGAAGUGGAAUUGUCUCACAAUGAAAAUCGAAGGGAUAAACAUUCGAAGGCGAAAUUAUCGAAAAUUGUUGUCGAAUGUAGAAAGGAAGGUGUCGUUAAUUCAUUAAUGGGUGAGAAUAUUGAUGGGACACAGAAAUGGGAAAAAUCACGAUUAGCAUUAAUAAAGGCGAUUGGUGGUUAUAUGUUGGAAUUUUAUUCACCACCAAAAGCAGUGAAACCACGUAGUGGAGUAUUUUGCUCGGAUAUUGUUGAAGCUCGUGAAACGACAGCACUUGAAAUGCCCGAUCAUGAGAAUACGUUUGUUUUGAAAACGGAAAAAAUGGAAUUCGUGAUAGAGGCUCACGAUUCAAAUGAUAUGAGAUCGUGGCUUGCGACUAUUAAAUAUUGUAUGCGUUCUGGUCUACAGGGAUUGAGUCAACAAAUUGUCGGUUCAAACGAUACGACAGAUUCUGUUCAUGGAUCAAUGUCAAUGAAUAUUGAAGGCGAUAGACUGAGAGCAAAUUCAGCGAGUAAGAGUUCACGUUCAAUGCACGAUCACGUUGAUGAACAGGGAAAUCCUCCUGAAUUACCGCCGAGACUUAGAACUCGUAGUAACAGUAAUUUAGAACUUUGUUCCUCUCAACAGGAAAUCGAGCAAAUUGCAGGCAACGAAGGAGAACUCGAUUUGUCCAGCAGUUUACGCGAAUAUCCCUGGUUUCAUGGGACUCUUCCACGUUCGGAUGCUGCACAAUUAGUUUUGCAUAGUGCUGCUAAUGGCCACGGUGUUUUUCUCGUUCGACAAAGUGAAACACGAAAAGGCGAAUUUGUUCUCACUUUUAAUUUUCAAGGCAGAGCAAAGCAUUUGCGAAUGACAUUAAAUGAUCAGGGACAAUGUCGUGUUCAACAUUUGAGCUUUAAUGCAAUUUACGAAAUGCUUGAACACUUCCGACAAAACGCCAUACCCUUGGAAUCUGGUGGGACAGCAGAUGUAAUGCUAACCGAGUAUGUUGUUGCGAAUCAGAGCGGUAGAACGGGACAUCACAGUGGAUCGGCAAUUGUUCAACAAUCGCAAGAAAGAAGGCCGGCAACUAUUCCGGAACCGAGAGAAGUUCAAACGUAUGGUGGAUCUAUAAGAAUGCGAACAGACUCUUUAGAUCAAUUGCAACAAAAUAAUGCUGAAAAUCCAUCAGCAAUGAAUAGUGGCAGAGCCGUACAAAAUGCCUACAGCUUUUUUUGACGCUGGGUUAAUAAUAAUCUGGCACCAGGCUAUCAUCCGGUUAGUCCUGCAGACUGAAUUUCAUCUUUUCAGAAGUAGAAUUUAAAAACAUAACUACCCAGUGUCAUUUCACUUCCAAUAUAAAUUUAUAUUUAAUGACUGAUGUGUGAUAAAGAACCUCAAUAGCGUUUAAAAAUGUGCAAUUUCAAUAUUGCAUAAUUAUGGCAAUGUGAAUUGUACACAAUUUUUUUUUCUUCCUACUUUUUAAAAGUUGCACUAACAAAGAGAAUUUUAUUUUUUCACAAAAGAAAAAAAAAUUUAAUAUAAAUAUUAAUCAUUUUUUUUUUCAGUAAAAAUUUUAAACAUUCUUUUAAUAAAGAAGAAUAA